AUGCAGCGCAACAAGUACUUCAUAACGCUCAUUGACACGGCCACCCGCUACACAUUCAUCUCCUUCCUGGCAGCACGUUCCCAAGUCCCACACAUCCUGACAACGUCAAUUGAAGCACUCGCACGCUUCCUAACCAAGUACCCCACAAUCAUCACGACCGACAACGCGAAAGAAUACACCGCAAAGUACGUUCAGCAGUUCCUCGCGAAGCGCGGCAUACAAUUCCGCCCGUCAACGCCUUACACACCACAGGAGAACGCGCUAGCCGAGCGCAUAAACCGGACCAUAAUGAACUCGGCCAGAGCUGCUCUAGCACACAGCAAGCUGCCCCCGGCAUACUGGGAAGACGCGGUUCGAGAUGCCGUAUUCAAAUACAACAUAAGCUACCAUCACGCAAUACAGAACAUCCCAUACACACUCUGGCAUGGCACUCCGCCUGACAUCGACAAACUGCUCAUAUUCGGCCAGCUCGGCACAGUGCCUAUCCUCAAAACACCCAAACAGAAACUGCAACCACGUGCCCAAACGGUCAGGUACAUGUACGACAUAGACCCCAAACAUGUCAAAGUCUACAAUCUGGUUACGCGAACAUACCAAACAGUCCGCACCAUCAACUUUGCGCCCUACGACCGCAAUACAGACCCCACAUGCACCACUGCCGCAGCGUUCUCAACCAAACCGAAGCGACACAAAAUACCAAACACCAUCACAUCUACCACGACCCCUCCCCCCCCCGGGUUCUCCCUGGUUGUAAAUAAAGUUUUUUAUCAUACGCGAUAUGCACCGUGA